ACCCCCGCGCCGUGGCUUAUAUACACCCCCGUCCCAACCCUACCGCUCCACCACCACCGCUUCGCCCUCUCCUCUCCUCCCUCUCCCCCACCGUGAGCUCGCCGCCCGCUCCUCGCCGCGGAUCGCCCCCGCUACUCCGGUAAAAAAUGGCUGACGCUGAGGAUAUCCAGCCCCUCGUCUGCGACAAUGGAACUGGUAUGGUGAAGGCGGGGUUCGCUGGAGACGAUGCGCCCAGGGCCGUCUUCCCCAGCAUCGUGGGGCGCCCGCGCCACACCGGUGUCAUGGUCGGGAUGGGGCAGAAGGACGCCUACGUCGGUGACGAGGCGCAGUCCAAGAGGGGUAUCCUGACCCUCAAGUACCCCAUCGAGCACGGCAUCGUCAGCAACUGGGACGACAUGGAGAAGAUCUGGCAUCACACCUUCUACAACGAGCUCCGUGUGGCUCCCGAGGAGCACCCCGUCCUCCUCACUGAGGCGCCCCUCAACCCCAAGGCUAACCGUGAGAAGAUGACCCAGAUCAUGUUCGAGACCUUCAACACCCCCGCUAUGUACGUCGCCAUCCAGGCCGUCCUCUCGCUGUAUGCCAGUGGUCGUACCACAGGUAUUGUGCUCGACUCUGGAGAUGGUGUCAGCCACACUGUCCCCAUCUAUGAGGGAUACGCCCUCCCCCACGCCAUCCUUCGUCUUGACCUGGCUGGUCGUGAUCUUACUGACUACCUGAUGAAGAUCCUGACUGAGCGCGGCUACUCCUUCACCACUACUGCUGAGCGGGAAAUUGUGAGGGACAUGAAGGAGAAGCUUGCCUACAUUGCCCUGGACUACGACCAGGAGAUGGAGACUGCUAAGACCAGCUCCUCUGUUGAGAAGAGCUACGAGCUUCCUGAUGGGCAGGUCAUCACCAUUGGUGCUGAGCGCUUCCGCUGCCCUGAGGUCCUCUUCCAGCCAUCCUUCAUUGGGAUGGAAGCUGCUGGUAUCCACGAGACUACCUACAACUCCAUCAUGAAGUGCGACGUGGAUAUUAGGAAGGAUCUAUACGGCAACAUUGUCCUCUCUGGUGGUACCACCAUGUUCCCUGGAAUUGCUGACAGGAUGAGCAAGGAAAUCACUGCCUUGGCUCCUAGCAGCAUGAAGAUCAAGGUGGUUGCUCCUCCAGAAAGGAAGUACAGUGUCUGGAUUGGAGGAUCCAUCUUGGCUUCCCUCAGCACCUUCCAGCAGAUGUGGAUCGCCAAGGCUGAGUACGACGAGUCCGGCCCAUCCAUUGUGCACAGGAAAUGCUUCUAAUUCUUCGGGCCCAAGAAAUGCAAGCCGAGAGGAGCCAUUAUCGCCAGCCUCCAGCCCUGUUUCUUUCUCUUUUUGUUGCUGUUUCUUCAUUAGCGUGGACAAAGUUUUCGGCGGGUCUAUCGUGAUCGUUUUCUUCUAUUCAUCAAGACUGUAAUAUCUAUUGCUACCUAUGCUUCUCACUUGUGAUUUUGAACACAUAUGUUCGGUUUAUUCAAUUUUAUUGAGAUGCCUGAUGAGGCAACUAGCAAAUACAUAUGGUGUUCUGAUUGUCAUUGGUUAUUGAUCUCUUAUGAAAUGAAUGAAUAAUAUAAAAUUUUGAGCUCUA